GUUAGGACAUGGACUAAAUUCUUGGCUAGGCUUGUAAGGGCCUCAGGGCCAAUAUCCCAGUAACGUCCUAUGAACUUCCUAUAUUGCAAUAUUAUAAGUUCUUACAUUUAUAGAGCUUUCCUUCCUCAGGCCUUCACUGAAAAUGUCGGAAACUUUCCAGCUUAACUUUCUCCGUAACAAACGCCAAUAACUAAUACCAAUAACCGUGUGAGUGUGUGGGGGCGCACCUCAGACUGCUCAGAUAACAAACGCGAAGCUUUUUCCAAGCACACCUCUCAAUUGCCUCUUAUUCUUGCCAUUUCCCUUACAAAAACGUUAAAUUCCUGGUAAAUCUUUAAGGAUUAGAAUGAGCAGCUAGUGCAAGCCAUUAGUGUUACAAACUUUGUAUUAUUCAGAAAAUACGUGCGAAUAGAAAACUCUUUGUUCUAUCAACCGUUAAGUGAAUUUAUCAUAGACCUCAACAGUCCAGAUUGUAGUAAAUCAGAAAGGACUGAUUUCACUAAGUAACGACAAAUCAUUUAAGUUUCAGAGUCCUUCAGAAAAUGCAGGGUAACAGCAAACCUUUUAUUCUAUCAACUUUAAGUUUAUACUCCUACUUUUGGACCUCCUCCGCCCCCCCCCCCCCCCUGUUAUUUUUGGCUUUGUCCAGAUUGUUUGCGCUAUUUUUUAACUCUACUCCAGAUUCUUCAGCAAAGAAACUAAAAGCUGCAUACUCUGUGUAACUUCCCAGUUGUCAUCAAGCAAAGUCUGUUGCCGAGUCAGUAACCGCAGAAGUUUGCCCAGUCAUUUAGGAAAAUACCAACCCAACACUUCCUCCAACUACAUGACAAAGCAGUAAGUUUAAAAGGAAAGCGGCGUCUACGUAAUCCUAAAAAAUUACAAAACUCCUAGAGCAUGUAAUAACCAACCGGAAGAAAAUUCUUCAAAGAAUGUUAUUCCAAAGCCCCAACACCAACACAGAUUAUUUAUUAAAAAAAAAACGCUUUAAGACUCUCCCACUGCUUUGGUAAUUGGCUGCUGGACAACAAACGGGCAUCGAUGUGAAUGGGGAUUGGCUAAAACUAAGGAAGUAAUAGGCGGGUACUGGUUUAGAGUUUGCGCACAAAGAUGACAGCCGGUGGAACCAGAAAACGCGUACCGGCUUGGAUGUAUUUUCUCCCUUUUCGUUGUGAUGGUCUGAAGUCAGUUAAUGUUCAUCACAUAAAGUUGCAAUACCAGCUCUUUACUGUAAAUCACCAAUCCGAAUUUUGAAGUGUAAUGGCUGUCUCUAAGUGUGUAAAGCUUACUGGGGCCCUGACCCAGGAGUUGCUGAAAUCUGUGGACAAUGUCUUAUUUGACUGUGAUGGUGUACUAUGGCAUGGAGAUUCGGCCAUUGCCGGGGCGUCAGAGGUCGUUAAACUGUUAAGGAAGAAAAACAAGCGGGUAUUUUUCGUGACAAACAACAGCACUAAGACUCAGGAAUUAUACGCACAGAAGCUUUGUAAAAUGGGGUUUGAGGCUGUGAAGGAGGAGGUGUUUGGCACGGCACACUGUACCGCUUUGUAUCUCAAGCAGGUCGCCUGCUUUAACGGUGGGAAAGUUUACCUGAUCGGUGGAAAAGCACUGAGUGAAGAAUUGGACAAGGUUGGCAUCUCAUAUGUUGGUCCUGGUCCUGACCCUGUCUUUGGUGGAAUGAGCGACUGGGCUUCUGUUCCUUUGGAUCCAGAUGUGAAGGCCGUUGUGGUGGGCUUCGAUGAACAUUUCAGUUACCUUAAGCUAACCAAAGCCCUGUGUUACCUGAAGGAUCCCGGCUGUUUGUUUAUUGGCACCAACACAGACACAAAGUUGCCCCUGGAAGGAGGACGAGCUGUCCCAGGAACUGGCUGUCUUAUACGAGCUGUGGAAACUGCCGUGAACCGCAAAGCCAUCAUUAUUGGAAAGCCAAGCAAAUUUAUUUAUGACUGUGUAGUUAGUAAGUAUGGAGUAGAUCCAGCACGUACAGUGAUGGUUGGGGAUCGCUUAGACACGGACAUUCUUCUAGGUUCAAACUGCAAUCUUAAGACAGUUCUGACACUCACUGGUGUCACUAGCCUUGUCGAAGCACAGUCUUGUGCUGCAAGUAACUGUCCUGAGGAGAGAAGGUUGGCUCCCGAUUUCUACAUUGAUACCAUUGGUGAUCUGUUACCAGCACUUCAGGGUUAAAAUAGACCUCCAUUAAGACUUGUUUUGAGUGCUUUAAUAAGUGAAAUUGUAUUUCUUCUUCACAUUUACACACAUUAAGAAGAAGGGGCAUUAUAUGUAAUGCUGUGUGUGCAAUCACAUCUCUCUCUUUCUCCAGUAUUGUGAACAGGUGCCGAGAAUGGGAGUGAGAACGGUUGAAAUUUUAAAUACACAUGAUUAUAAUACUAACUAGGCCUUCUGCCAUUUUGUAUGUCAAAACCUUACUGCAUUUAAGAACUCAACAUAAUUAUUUAUUAAUUUGAUCAUUCUGUUUGCAUAUCCUUUUUAAUUCGGUUGUAAUGGUAAUUUGUUUAAUAGUCAUUCUGUUUACAUUUUUUCUUCAGACAUUGCAGAAUUGUAAUGAUCUUUGAACUAGUGUCUUU